AUGUCUGACAAAUGUACAACAUAUGCCGCAGCAGCGAAGGAAAUUGAAAUGCUUAAAACACCAUGUGAUGGAUUCAAUAUACAAGAUGUCUUACAUCUAUUAUCUACUAUUCAGGAACAACUCAACAUAUAUGGAACUCAGUGGAAAUUUAUUCCGAAGCGUGCACCAUGGUAUGGUGGUUGGUGGGAACGAUUGAUCGGCUUGACCAAGAAAUUGAAUAAAGAAAGUAAUCUUGUUCAGUUAAUCAGAAAAAUCAGAAAAGAAACAGACACACAGUUUGACACCAACCCAACGGGAAAAUGUGAGAAGGCAUUAUACAUAUAUCUGGAUCUUAAUUUAUCACAAAAGAUUGUAAAGGGAGAUGUUCAAGCAGCCAAGGUGGUAAUGGAAGAUGUGAGAUGUAUCCUUGUACAGAUGGCAAGAUGUUAUCUCCUUUCGCAACAGCAGAGUACACAGAAAACACAGAAACAACAAGAAAAGGAUAUUGAUCGUCAGAAUGCAACAUGGUUUGAGUGUCAGGAGUUUAUAAAUGGUACAUGGACAGAUUUAGAAAAAAUCGAAAACGGCAUACAACGUCAUUCAACAGUAUCAUCAGCAGACAUCCAAGAAUCAAAAGAGUCAGAACAAUCCUUUUCCAAUAAUUCGCAUAAUGAAUCAGUAAGGGAAUUUGAAAGUAUGCCAAAAGUUGAUUUGUUUGUUCCAUCUGAGUCGUCAAGUGAUGAUGAUCAUGAUUUGGAAGAUUGUUCGUCAAGUAUUGAUUUGAAAGAUUUGUACAAUGUUGACCAGUUUGAGAUAAGCUCACGAAAAUAUUGUACAAGUACUUGUAAUUUGGAUGCAGAAGAUCUUCUUUUCGAGGGAAUCCAUCUGUCCGACAAAUUUAUUGAAGAACACGGAAAACCAUUCAAUGAUGAAAAUAACUUCACUUAUCCAGAUUUUUACAGCAAAAAAAAAAAUGAAGAACUCUGCAGGCGUGAUCCUUUGAAGUUCAAGAAAUGUAAAAUUAGGAUGAAAUCGUCUCAUGCAGCUGUUUGUACCAACUUAGAUAAUUCUGAUAACAUACACACAAUUGAAAUAUCUGGCAGGUCAAAAAUUGGCAAAGUUUUUGAUGGAGAUGAAGUUUAUGUUGAAGUCAUUCAUGAUGAUCGGUAUACAUACAAGAACAAAAAACAUAUUCCCUGUCCACAACCAAACCUAGAUUUCUCCAAAAUGACAGUUAUUGGUCAAAUCAGAGGAGUGAAACAGCGUCAUCACUAUCUUGAUAUAGAUCAUCCUGUCUUUCUUUGUGAAUUAGACGAAUCGGAAUUUCACCUCAUGUUACCAAUCACAAGAACUGUUCCAAAGCUCCACAUCCUGAACAGAAAAUGUGAGAACAAAUACCAAGUUGAGGUUCACAGAUAUGUUGGAGAGAAAGGAUAUUUGGUUCAUAAAGAACUCUUUGAUAUAAAACCAGAAGAAAUUAAAAAAUAUAUUUUCUUAGUUGCAAUGAUAUGUUGGGAUGGUUUGUACCCAAUUGGAGCAGUCAUCAAAGCUAUCAAGGCCAAAGAUAAUUGGAUAUCGGGGAUGGAAAUAUUAAGAUUGAAAAACCAAGUGCCAACUAGGUAUAGGUUUGAAACUGUAAAAAAUGUCAAAACAUUAACAGAACAAUGGCAUACAUUGAUGAAAAGAGAGGAAAGAGAGGAUUUAACAAACCUUGAGAUUUUCACCAUAGAUACAACUGAUUCUAGAGAUUUGAAUUAUGCAUUUAGCAUAGAAGAAAAAUCGGAAGAAAACUACAGAAUUGGGGUGCAUAUAGCUGAUGUGACAUCCAUAAUUAAAAAAGAUGACUAUGUUGAUCGCGAGGCUUUUGAUAGAGCCACUACUUACUAUCCAGGACCAGGUCUUAAUCCUUUCCACAUGCUACCAGAGCCUUUAAGUACUCAUCUUUGCAGUCUAAUACCAGGAGAGCCCCGUCCGGCAAUCUCUAUCUUUUUCACCUUUGAAAAAGAAGGAACUAUUGUUAAAAAAUAUGCAAUUGAAAAGUCUGUGAUCAAAAGCAGUAAACAAAUGACUUAUCGGGAAACUCAAGAUGUAAUUCUGAACAUUGGUAGGGAUGUGUCUGAAAGUAUAUGUCAACAAAUUAAAAAAAUGUUUGCAAUUUCUCAAAGAAGAAGGAUACAGAGAAUGGGUGAUGCCGUGUAUCAUGUUCCUUUAGAAUCAGAUGACGAUAACUUCAUGCAGACAAAAGAGGCUCACUCCAUGGUUGAAGAAUUUGUGUUACUAGCAAAUCAUACAGUAGGUACAUACCUUUUACGCAAAUUUAAAAACUGUGUUCCUUUGAGAAUACAGCAGCCACCAGAACCAGAACGUGUCCAGCAGUGGUUAAAAUCAAAUGAAUUAAUUGCUGAUUUGAUUAUUAAACUUCAAGAAGUUCAUCCACUUCCAAUUAUUGACAGUGAAAGAAAACUGUCAGUUAACAAUGCUAGAACUGGAAGAUACAAUAGGGUAUUGAUGUUUCAACAGCAUGUUUGGAACAGUCUCAUUUUCGCAUUUCGUAAAAAAGAUUUACCAACAAUCUUGCAGAUACUUGGAUGUGACGAAAUUCAUCCCUUUGCUUGUUUGUGUCUUCAGGAAUGGUAUGACUUUCAAGAAAAAGCAGAGUACAAAUGUUCAGGAGAUAUACAAUCUAAGAAAGAUGGCUCUCAUUUCAGUCUUGGCAUGUUUCCAUAUAUUCACUUCACCUCACCAACUCGAAGAUACGCGGAUAUAAUCUCUCAUCGACUACUGCACUGUGCACUGGAUGAGAAAAAACCUUGUUAUACCCCUGAGAAAAUAUCAGAGAUGUGCCAUCAUAUAAAUGAAGUUACACGUCGUGCAAACGAUUACCAAAAAGAGUGCAGAGCUUUUACUUUGGCCCUUAAGUUAAGACAACAACCUACUGUUCUCCAUGGUUUUGUAAAAACGGUAUCACAGAGAGAAAUUACUGUGGUUAUACCUGGGCAUAGAAACUUGCCAAAAGAAUUUUAUACUUUGAAGUUAAAAUGCCUUGGAUAUAUUAAAACACCUGUUUUGAAAAAAAGUAUCUUAACAGACAGGGAAGUACUGGAGUUGAAAUGGAAGAAAAGGUUAUACUCAUACAAUGGUUUUGCACCCAUAAAAUGGCAAAAAGAUGAAAUUUACAAAGUAGAUCCACACAACAGAGCUUUUUUCCAACAGCAGCAAAAAUGGAUGCAACUUCUUCAGGUAAUGAUUGAUGAAAAGAGUUCACACGAAAAACUAAAAAAGCUCACACAAACACUAUUCAAUAGUAAUCUUGGCCACCCUGAGUUAAAUCUUGAUAGUUAUUUCCCCGAAUGUUGUGGAACAGAGACAGACAUAAGUUCAGAGGUAAAAAAAGACAAAAUAACUUUACAGAGUUGUGAAUAUAGCAUGACUUUUAGUCCUGGUCAGGUAUUGGCCCUUCAAAUGUCAGAGGAGUCGGUAAAUGGUGUUCUUUUUCCGCAGAUAGAGAUGUUUGACAUGACAAAGAAUGUCAAAUAUUGUCUUCUACAUGUGAAAGAUCCAAUCAGAUAUCUUGAGCAGUAUUCAACAUACUCAACAAAGGAUUGUUAUUAUACCCUGGACGACUACAUACGAACAUGGAAAUCACUGAUAGAAAUGGAGGCAGCUACCAAAGCUAUUGAUAUUGAAACAGCAACCAUUAAUGAUGUCCCAGUUAAGUUUUUAUCACAAAUAAAGGGCAAAUUUUCACUCAGAGAGGAAUUCAUGGAACACAGAAAUUUAGAAAUAAACACUGUUCCUAUAGAUGUGUUUAUGGAUCUAGAAAAUAAACAUACAGGUGAAGAUAAGGAACACGAAAAGGUUAGAUAUAUAAAAGUAGCCAGUCCAGACUAUCUCUGCAUAAAAAGUGUUGUUUACAAAAGUGACGUGGAUGCUUCAGGUAUUGAGGUUAGCCACAACCAUAGCUGUGCUCCACAAGAAUACAAAAUAUGGCAUGGACAUGCAAAGAUAGAUGAAAUAAAUGUGAAAAGGAAAAAAACUGAUUUUAUCUUCAGACUUCACAGAAAUAGCCAACCCAUUCCACUUGAAUUCAGGAACGAGGAUACUAAACCUAUAUGUGGAAUUGAGGUGCUUUUUAAGUCCAGUGUAGAAGGACGAAUAGAUGCUAUUCUGCAGUGUUUGGACAAAGCUAAUCCUCUUCCGAAGUCAAUAGCAUUGGGAACCAAAGUUCCUGAAUUAGAUAAAGGACACUUAAAAAUUGGUAUGAAGAUGAGACAAGAUAUAAGGAAUAUAGAGGAAAGUGUUAGAUAUAACCCUGAACAAUAUCAGGCUAUCCAAAGAGCAAUGGAAUUAUCAUUUAGUUUGAUUCAAGGACCACCAGGCUCUGGAAAGACCUUCAUAGGUAUCAAGUUGGUUUACCUGUUUCACCAAAUGAACCUUAAAUGGCAGGCACUUGGCAAUGAGAAAAAACAAAUCAUUUUCUGUGGUCCAUCAAAUAAAUCUAUUGAUCAAGCUGCAAAUUGGAUGAAGAUGAAUUUAGGUGAACAGUGCCCAAAAAUGGUCAGAUGGUAUGAAAGUAACAUAGAAGAACAAGAAUUCCCAAUUCCAGUAAAAACACCAACACGUGCACUUCGGGAAACAGCAAGGGCAAAUGAUUUAUUGAGGGAACACUCAAUGCAUGUAAUUAUUCGUCAGCUUAGAAAACCAUAUCAACAAGACAUUGCUAAUUUCGAUAAACUAUUCCGGCAACAUUGGGAUAAAGUUGACUUCAAAGAUGUGAAUAAAUAUAGAAAGCUUAUACAAAAAGCAGUUGUGGAAGAAGUUGCUCACUAUGACGUUAUUUUCUGCACAAGUACUAUGGCAACCGAUCUUACAGUAAUGGCAGGUACAAAAGGUCGUGUUUUCCAGAUUAUUGUCGAUGACUGCGGAAUGUGUACAGAGCCUGAAUGUAUGGCUGCCAUUAUAGCCACCAGGGCUCAACAGGUGGUUCUGAUUGGAGAUCACAACCAGCUUAGACCAAAAGUUUUAAGUAGCGAAGCUGCUAAACUUGGAUUAGAGAAGUCUCUGUUUGAAAGAUAUGCUGUAACGGGCAAACGGUUGACCAUGUUGACGUCACAAUAUAGAAUGCAUCCAGCGAUUUGUGCAUUUCCAUCAAAGCAAUUUUACAGAAACACACUUGAUACCAUACCGUCUAGUAUGUGGCGUACAAAUUCACCACUAAAGUCAUGGAUAAAACAGAAUACCCCGGUUAUAUUUUGUCAUGUAGAAGGAACAGAGGAGUAUAUCCCCUUUAACACAGAAGAAGUAUAUGAACAGUCAUGCGCAAAUAAACAAGAAGUGGACAAAGUGGUAAAGGUAUUCAAGCACUUGGUAGAGGAUGAGCUGAUAGACCCCCACUAUAUCAACAUCAUGAGUCAGUACAACUCACAGUGCCACAGUAUCAGAGAGGAACUCAAGAAAGACAAGUUUAUACAAUUCAAUGUCAACACUGUCGUGGCUAGUCAAGGAGGUGAAUGGGACUAUGUCGUGAUAAGCCUUGUAAGAUCCCUUCCAGAUUACAGAAUAGAACCUAAGCCGACAUUAGGUUGGUGUAAGCAGAACCUGGGUUUCAUCACUGAUGAACAUCAGACAAAUGUGGCCCUAACUAGAGCACGUAAAGGGCUUAUUGUCAUUGGUAAUCAGAAGUUACUUAAAUGCAAUGAUGUAUGGGCAAACUUCCUUAACCAUUAUGGCCAGAAAGGGUGUGUGGUUGAUUGUGAUAACUUCCCACCAACGCCACAGAGAAUUCGAGAGAGUAAACAAAAAAAGAAAAAGUCCCGACGUGCACAGGAAAUGGAUGAAGAGUUUUACAGCCGUACAGGAGAAGAUCCAAAUCAGGAAAAAGAAGGUCAUUCAGAAUAA